AUGGCUUCUCUUCCCCUAACCACCAUCACCACCGCCUACUAUUCCUCCUCCUCCUCAUUCACCUUUUCUUCUUGGCCUUUCUUUGCUAAGCCAUCCAAAUCUCUCAUCACUGGAAAACGUUACCAUCGGUUUGAAGUCUCAUGUAAAACCAAAGAUGGUGACCAAGACACUAACAAUGGAGAAACUUUUCAAGGGAAGUUUGAUAGGAGGAAUGUGCUACUUGGACUAGGAGGACUCUAUGGUGCCGUCAACCUAGUCUCUGAUCCAUUAGCUAUGGCUGCUCCGGUGCAGGCACCUGAAAUUACAAAAUGUGGCAGUCCGACCGACUUGCCGGAGGAGGCAGUUCUAAUAAACAAUACCUGUUGCCCCCCAACGGCGACGAACGUUGUGGACUAUAAGCUUCCUAGGUCUCAACCAAUGCGUGUGAGACCAGCUGCUCACUUAGUGAGCAAAGAAUAUAUAGCAAAGUUUUCCAAAGCCAUUGAACUCAUGAAGGCCCUUCCAGAGGACGACCCACGGAACUUCAUACAGCAAGCAAAUGUCCAUUGCGCUUAUUGCAAUGGUGCCUAUGAACAAGUAGGUUUUCCAGACCUUAAGCUUCAAGUUCACAACUCAUGGCUUUUCUUUCCCUUUCACAGAUGGUAUUUGUACUUCUACGAGAAAAUCCUCGGAAAAUUGAUCGGAGAUCCGACUUUCGCUUUGCCGUUUUGGAACUGGGACAAUCCCGCAGGCAUGACAAUGCCGGCCAUGCUCGUUGAUCCGAACUCAUCCCUGUAUGACCAAUAUCGCAACGCCGGUCACCUGCCACCGAACAUUAUCGAUCUGGGUUACAACGGCAAGGAUAAGUCUGAUACAACUGAUCUGCAGAAAGUGAUCAAUAAUCUGACGAUAAUGUACCGGCAAAUGAUCACUAAUAGCACCACUCCUCUGCUCUUUCUUGGAAGCCCUUACAGUGCCGGAGAUAAGCCCGGUCCCGGAGCAGGGUCCAUCGAAACAACUCCUCACAUUCCGGUGCACAUGUGGGUUGGUGACCCAAAUCGGAGAAAUAGGGAGGACAUGGGAAACUUCUACUCAGCUGGUCGAGACACUAUGUUCUACUGCCACCAUGCCAACGUUGAUCGAAUGUGGACUCUAUGGAGGACUUUAGGAGGCAAACAUCGCACUGAUUUCGCAGACCCAGAUUGGUUAAACUCUUCGUUCCUCUUCUACGAUGAAGAAGCUCAGCCUGUGAGGGUUAAGGUCAAAGAUUGCUGUGAGAACACCAAGCUCGGUUACGUUUAUCAACCUAUGCCUAUUCCAUGGCUGAAGAACAAGCCAGUGCCGAGAGUGAAGAAGUCCAAAGUGGCGAAAACUGUUGAACCCGCCACUCUUAGUGCCUUCCCUGUAACCCUUGACAAAACAAUAAAGUUUCUGGUCAAGAGGUCGAAGAAAUCAAGAAGCUCCGAGGAGAAGGAAGAACAAGAGGAGAUACUGGUGAUAGAAGGGAUUGAGUUGGAUAGCGACAAGUAUGUGAAGUUUGAUGUGUUUGUGAACGAUGAAGAUGAGACUGGGAUUGGACUGGACAAAACGGAGUACGCCGGAAGUUUUGCGAACUUGCCUCAUAAACAUGAGGGUGGUAGUAACAUGAAGAUCAAUACUUGCCUGAGGUUGGGACUGAGUGAGCUGUUGGAGGACUUAGAAGCUGAAGAUGAUGAUGCUGUGCUGGUCACUUUGGUGCCCAAGUUUGGAGGCGAUGAUGUGACCAUUGCUGGUGCCAAGAUCGAGUUCGCUGCUUAA